AUUUGGUUAGCUGCUGUAAAGCUCGAGGCUGAAAAUGGUGAAGACGAACGUGCUCGUAUGUUACUGCAAAAAGCAAGAGAACAAGCGGGCACAGAAAAGGUGUGGAUGAAAUCAAUAGUUUUAGAACGCCAGCUCUGUAAAAUCAAUGAAGCAUUAGCAAUGUUGGAUGAAGCAUUGGCUCAAUACCCAACUUUCGAUAAAUUAUGGAUGAUUAAAGGACAAAUAGAGGAUGAAAGAGGUGAAUUACCGACAGCACGAUUAACUUAUACUAAAGCCGUUAAAAAUUGUCCAAAAUCGAUUCCAUUAUGGAUCCUCGCAUCUCGUUUAGAAGAAAAAGCUGGGCUGUUGAUUAAAGCUAGAGCUACCCUUGAAAGGGGUCGUUUAUUAAACCCGAAGACACCUGAAUUAUGGUGUGAAGCAGUUCGAGUAGAAUUGCGGGGUAAUAACACUAGCAUGGCUAAGGCUUUAUUGGCAAAAGCGUUACAGGAAUGUCCAAGUUCUGGCCUAUUAUGGUCAGAAGCUAUUUUCAUGGAACCUCGCCCACAACGCAAGACUAAAUCAGUGGACGCGCUCAAGAAAUGCGACAAUGACCCUAUUGUCAUUGCGACAGUAGCGCGCUUGUUCUGGGCCGAACGCAAAGUGGAUAAAGCACGCACGUGGUUUGAAAAGGCUGUAAAAGUUGAUCCAGAUCGCGGAGAUUCUUGGGCUUGGUAUUAUAAAUUUGAAUGUCAACAUGGAACAGAGCAACAACAGCAAGAC